AAAGCUCGUCUUACCUUUUUUACAAGGAGCAAAAGUACUCCCCCGAAAUCGAGAACCCUUUCAUCCCUCGGAACAAAUUCACCGACCCCCCUUCUCCCUGCUCCAGCCUCCAGCGCCGCCUAGUCCAGACCAGUCAUCCCACCGAAGCCGCGCCGCCUCGACGGAUCCCAUCCCCUUCUGCAGUGAGCAGGACCAGGAACAGAUACAUCGAAGCUCAUGAAUUCUACUGAGACGGAUAAUGCAUGCCCGGCAGCAAUCGUCAAUGGAGAGAUGUUGAAGAUGUUUAUUGGGCAAAGAGUGUGCACAGUACUUAAGGUCCAACACAGUGAAGGGGGAGUACUUGUUGGCCAAUCCACUGAUGGGCAUCAGUUGACAAUCAGAGGUGCCCCAGAAGUCCCUGAAUCACAUUAUAUGCAUGUUAUUGGGAUUGCUGACAACAACCAGUCCAUUCAUGCUGAAGUUUGCAAAGACUUUGGUGAAAACUUUGAUGCUAUGUCAUUCAAUGGGCUCUGCAAGUUGGCCGUGCACGGCAAGGUGAAGGACCUUAAGAUGUUCUUGUAGAGUCAGCAUCUCGUAGAAGGCAUUUAGCAAAUGAAGCAUGCUUCAGAGUCCAUGACAUGUCUCUCACUUUAAGAUGUGUUCAAAUGUUCCCUCCCGUCACCUCAGUGAUUACUUAGGCCUUGGGCACUCAUUAGGACCAAUUAGAGGGAUCUACUGAUCCCAUAUGAAGACAAUUGUAUAUGUUUCAUGUACCUGAGGCAGGAGUAAUAUUGCCUUUCGAGUCUGAUGCUUGAGCCCUGCCAUGCACCUUUUUAUAUGA